CCCCGGCCUCUUCCUCCUCCUCCUCCUCCUGCGCAAGACCCAUCCGAGGGCGACGGCAGCGUGGCAGCGCGCGGGACAGAAAUGAAUGAGCGGGGAGAGCGGACUGUGCCACGCCAGGCUGCGGGGCAUCCCCUGAAUGGUGCCAGGACGAAGGAGGCGCUUCCGGCCACACUGCUGCUGCUGCUCCUUGUGCCAGCCAGCUGGGCAGCACCACCACAGGAUGGCCCCAAGAGGGCACUCCAAGACUACCUGAAGAACGUUGGGCAGCUGGGCAGGGAUGCCGGUGCCAUGGCCAGAGAGCCGGGGCUCUUUGCUCUUCACGACGAGGACCGGAGCGGCCGCCUGGACGGGCUGGAGCUUCUGCAGCUGCUGAGUGAGGCGCUGUCCCAGCAGGCGGGCGGGCCGCCCCCCGGGCCGGACUGGGUGGUGCUGAUGGUGGACCACCUCCUGGAGACACAGGACUGGAACCGGGAUGGGCUGCUGGAGCCCCUGGAGCUCUUUCUGGCCCCCGCUCUGGGCCAGCUCCCCGGACCUCCGGCUGCUGCCCCCGGCGGUGGAGAAGAAGACGGGCCCUCCCCGGAGCCAGAGGCCGGCCGGGCUGGUGAUGGGCCCCCAGCCCCCCUGGCUCCACAGGACACAGCAGGGGCCCCCAGGACUGUGCAGGAGCCGGGCAUGGCGGGGGGCCCCUCCCUGCAGCCUCCUGCACAAAAGCAGGAGCAGCGGCCUGGCCAGGAAUGAGGGGCAGAGAGAGCCGCAGCUCCUGGAGGGAGAAGCAGGCCCAGUGAGGGGCCUGCGGAGAAGGGGGGAGGCUGUCCAUGGGUCAUCUCACGGGGCGGGGGGGGCAGACAGGGAGGUGGAGAGCCAGGAGAGCACAGAAGCCCCCCAGCCAGGCCUGCUGCAAGGCCAGCGGCUGCCCCUGCUGUGCCAGGGCCCCCCCAGUCGGUGCCCUCCCCCUCCUCCCAGGCUGCACAAAGCAGCAGCCCAGGGCCACCCCCGCCUCCCCUUCUUCAGCUGGCCGGCCACAAAGGGCCCCCUUUCCCAAAGGAAAUCCCCCCAAGACCUGGCUGGCUUCCCUGGCGUGCCCUAGACCGCAAGUCCUGCCUCCCAGAGGCCAGCAUCCCGGACAGCCUCUCUGCAGGGGGUGGAAGCCAAGCUGGGGAGGGCCUCCUCCAGGCCUGCAGCCCCCCCUCCACCUGGCUGGGCCCACACCGCUAGGGCCCAGCUCCUGCCAGGUGGCUGCCUGC